GGGCGAUCGGCCCGAGAAUCGGGUCCGAAGUCGACGGGCUCCGGUGAGGACGAGAAGGCACGGCAAGAAAGGGAAAGGCUCCGGAGCCAAAAGCAGGAGGAAGAGAUGCCAGACUUGCAACUGUACUGGCAGGCCGAGGCCUUGUACAAGAAGCUGCCGAAGAAGUUCGAUCUGAGCAGCUGGGCGGCGGAGAAGUGA